AUGGCCUCAAAGGCCCUGUUUGGACCAUCCCUUCUUAAAGAUGGAGUGGAAAGAGGAGCCAGGCAGCUUCCUCAGGUAGGGAAAGAGCAACGGGAGCAGGGAGGAGGGAAGAGGCACAGAUGGGACCACCCAGCCUCCCUCUGUGUUGAGUGGGAAUGAUGGGGAUCUAAGAGCAGCUCUGUCUUCUUCCUCUUCUUCUUCCAGGCCCUCUUGACCUUUGAGGAGGUGGCUGUGUUUUUCACGGAGGAGGAGUGGGCUCUGCUGGAUCCUGGCCAAAGAGCUCUGCACAAGGAAGUCAUGGAGGAGAAUUAUGAGAUGGUGGCCUCUUUAGGUAAGGGCAGAUUUGUAUCCCUCUUGGCUGGUAGACAUUGAAAGGGUGAAUCUCCUGUUUGAGCCAUUUAUUCAUGCCAUGAAGGAGCAACAUAGGAAUUAGGCCAGUGGCCCAUCUAGUCCAGCAUCCUGUUCUCCCACUGGCGAAACCAAAUGCCUGUGGGAAACCAGCAAGCAGGAUUCAAACACAAGAACACUCUUGCCUCCUGUAGUUUCCAGUGUUUAGGAACAUUGCUGUCUUCUGACUGUGGAGGCAUUGCAGCGGGAAGGUAAACGGCGUUUCCGUGCGCUGCUCUGGUUCACCAGAAGCGGCUUAGUCAUGCUGGCCACAUGACCCGGAAGCUGUACGCCGGCUCCCUCGGCCAGUAAAGCGAGAUGAGCGCCACAACCCCAGAGUCAGUCACGACUGGACCUAAUGGUCAGGGGUACCUUUACCUUUACUUAUGAUGUAAAUAGCACUUCUGUUUCACUUAUUCCACAUAGGAGAGAUACUCAAGUCUGAGCUCAUCUCGCCAGAAACAGAAAUAUAUGGAGAUGUUGUCCUGGACCAAUUGAGAGGUAUGUCCUUCCACUUUGUUGUGAGGCUGUAUCUUUGUGUAUCUCAUUUCAGUAUGUAGGAAUAUAAAAAGAGCCCAUCAGGAUGAAGCCCCAUCUUUUCCUGCAUCCUGUUCUCAGAGAGACUGUCAAGGAGAAACCAAGGGCCGGAGGGCAACAGCGGUCUCUCGACUCACGAAUUUUCUCUUAAGCAAUAACAUGCUGUAAAUUUUAUAUCCAUAUUCCAUAAUUGUGAUAGUUGUUCCCCAAACCCCCACUUCAUAUCCUUUUUAAAUAUUUCAUUCAAAUGAUGAUAUCGUAACCAUGUUGUCAACAUUCCUGGUAAAUCCUUCAACCCUUUUAAUUUAAAUUCUCCACCCACCACUCUUAAUAAAUAAGUCACCCAACUUUCCGCCAUAGUUUUAUUUUCACCGCUAUGGCUUCCAAAGGUGAAAGUCAAAGUGGUGUUUUCGCUCCCAAUAAAUUUCUAUAUAUGUCCCAUAUUCCAGGGACCUCCAACUUCCAAGAGACUGCAAUCUACUCACGGUAUAAAAAUAUUGGCAGUGAUCUACUCAUUGUUAGAGUUGUUGAGCUUUUUUUGGGAAUAUGAUAAAAAAAAUACCUACUUUCCCCUUUCAUUUCCAGCAGAUACCUAAUUCAGUUUUGUACAUCUUAGCUAAAUUGCUCGGUGUCAGAUACCACCUGUACAUCACUUUCAUAAAAUUCUUCUUCAGUGUGCAACAUGCUGUAAAUUUUAAAUCUCUUCCACAUUUCUCCCAAGCACUUAUCUCUAUAUUAUGGCCUGUAUCUCUUGCCCAGUGAAUCAUAGCUGGUUUUACCAGUUCAUCCUGUUCUCAUAACAAAUAGAAUUGAGUUGUGAUCAGAAAUAGUCCUUGGUCAUCUUUAAAAAAAUUGUUACGGGUAAAAACCAUGUUUAUAUGCAUUACCACAUUGAUCUUUUUAGUUUAUCACUGGUUAUAAACUCUUCAACAAAUAUUUUGGUUACUAAUACUCUGGUGUGUCAACUUGCAACAUGUGUCUCCAGCAAUAAGAGACUAUUUUCUGGGAUUAUUUCCUUUCCUUAAAAUGUUGUAUAUAGAAGAGGGGAGAUUGUUGGAGGUGUUGAAAUAAGAGAAGGUGCUGAUUGGUCUUGCUGUGUGUUCUCUUGUUCUGUUCCUUGAAAUCCUAACAAUAUUUUCUUAUCCCCCUCUUAAAACCAGGUGAUGAAGAAGGCAAUCAGAAUUAUGAGGGGCCAUCUGUAAAGUACGUCAGUGUGAGUGAACCUCUUAGCACACAUCUACAAAAUAACACAGAGGAGAAACCCUUUAAAUGUAUGGAGUGUGGAAAGAGCUUCAGUAAAAAUGGAAAUCUUACUGCACAUCAACGAAUUCACACAGGGGAGAAACCAUUUAGAUGUAUGGAGUGUGGGAAGUGCUUCAGUGAAAGCGGUAAUCUUACUGUACAUCAACGAACUCACACGGGUGAGAAACCAUUUAAGUGUAUGGAGUGUGGAAAGAGCUUCCGUGAAAAUGGAAAACUUAUUAUACAUCAACGAACUCACACCGGUGAGAAACCCUUUAGAUGUACGGAGUGUGGGCAGAGCUUCAGUCAGAAUGGAACUCUUACAACACAUCUACAAAUUCACACAGGGGAGAAACCCUUUAAAUGUAUGGAGUGUGGGCAGAGCUUCAGUCGGAAUAGAACUCUUACAGCACAUCUACGAAUUCACACAGGGGAGAAACCGUUUAAAUGUACGGAGUGUGGGCAGAGCUUCAGUCACAAUGGACGCCUUACUCUACAUCAACGAACCCAUACAGGGGAGAAACCAUUUAGAUGUAUGGAGUGUGGGAAGUGCUUCAGUCAGUGUUCACACCUAACUCUACAUCAACGAACUCAUACAGGGGAGAAACCAUUUAAAUGUAUGGAGUGUGGGCAGAGCUUCAGUUCGUGUUCACAACUUAUUCUACAUCAAAGAACUCAUACAGGGGAGAAACCAUUUAAAUGUAUGGAGUGUGGGCAGAGUUUCACUCGGUGUUCACAGCUUACCCUGCACCAACGAACUCAUACAGGGGAGAAACCAUAUAAAUGUUUGGAGUGUGGAACGAGCUUCAUUUGUAGUUCAAGACUCACUGUGCACCAGCAAAGUCACACCGGGGAGAAACCAUUUACAUGCUUGGAGUGUGGGAAGUGCUUCAGUCAGUGUUCACACCUUACUAUACAUCAACGAUCUCACACAGGGGAGAAACCAUUUAAAUGUAUGGAUUGUGGAAAGUGCUUCAGUCAUAGUGGAUCUCUUGCAAAGCAUCAACAAAUUCACACAGGGGAGAAACCAUUUAAGUGUAUGGAGUGUGGAAAGAACUUCAGACAGUGUUCACACCUUACUAGACAUCAACGAACUCACACAGGGGAGAAACCAUUUAAAUGUAUGGAUUGUGGGAAAUGCUUCAGUCAUAGUGGAGGUCUUACAAGACAUCUACAAACUCACACAGGGGAGAAACCCUUUAAAUGUUUGGAGUGUGGAAAGAGCUUUAGUGAAAAUGGAAAACUUACAAUACAUCAACGAACUCAUACAGGGGAAAAACCAUUUAAAUGUAUGGAGUGUGGAAAGAGCUUUAGUGCAAGUACAAAACUUACAAUACAUCAACAAACUCACACGGGUGAGAAACCGUUUAAAUGA